AUGCUUCCAGCUAUUUAUGGGCCUCUUCAACCGGUUAAUAACAAUGUCACUUCAACAAGACCAUCAGAACAUUUAAUUACAUCAGCCGCUGCUGCUGCUCUUGCUCAGUCAGCAGAACACAUCGCCAAUGGAUCAAAAGACACAACUUUUACUAAAAUAUUUGUUGGAGGACUUCCGUAUCAUACAACUGACAAGACACUUCAUGAAUUUUUUGAAGUAUAUGGUGAUAUAGAAGAGGCUGUUGUAAUAACAGAUAGAGUAACUCAAAAAUCUCGAGGAUAUGGUUUUGUAACAAUGAAAGAUCGUGCUGCUGCAGAGAGAGCAUGUAAAGAUCCAAAUCCAAUUAUAGAUGGUAGAAAAGCAAAUGUUAAUUUAGCUUACCUUGGAGCUAAACCACGAAAUAAUGCACAGUUAGCAGCAGUUGCCUCAACAUUAUCACAAUUACCAUUACAAGCACAAUUACAAGCUUUAUUUCCAGCAGCCAGAUUAGGGCUUUCACCAUUAUAUAUACCAACACAAGCACCAAAUCCAAUGUUAGCUCCUGCUGUAUCAGCUAACCAAUUUUCUUUGGCGGCACAUUUACAACAUGCAGCAGCUAUAGCUAACUCAGCAAAUAGACCUCAAGUUCAAACCACAACAUCUACUAGCGGUAAUCAAACAGCAGGUGUAUCCAAUCAUAAUAAUAGUACAUUAACAAGUAAUACAACAUCAUCAUUACCAUCUGUUAAUCAACAAGCAUAUUUUGAUUAUGCGACAAGUUUAGCAGCAUCAGUAAAUAAUCCCGGAAACAUUGGAAUUGGAAUACAUCCAAAUGCUAUAUUUAAUCCUCAAGUUUCAUCAACAUAUGAAUCUUAUAAUCUUUCUCCAUCUCUUACAACAAUUAAUCCUUUAUAUUCAAUUCAUUUACUAGCACUUCAAAAACAAAUGACAACACCAUCAGCUACUCAUGAAACAAUGAAUAAUCAAAGAAUAUAA